AUGCCCCGUCCGUCGCGGAGCGCGUACAGCUCGCACAAGCCGCCGUACUCGUACAUCAGCCUGACGGCCAUGGCCAUCCAGAGCAGCCCGGACAAGAUGCUUCCGCUGAGCGCCAUCUACCGCUUCAUCUCUGACAACUUCCCCUUCUACCGCCACAACACGCGGCGCUGGCAGAACUCUCUGCGCCACAACCUGUCCUUCAAUGACUGCUUCAUUAAGAUCCCGCGCGGGCCCGAGCAGCCGGGAAAGGGCGGCAUGUGGGCCCUGCACCCCCUCUGCGGGGACAUGUUCCAAAACGGAAGUUUCCUGAGACGCCGCAAGAGGUUCAAGGCUGCGCAGACCGUGGCCUGGGGCUGCCCGCCGCACCCGCGCCCCCGCCCGCCGCACCCGCCCUUCAAGCACCCCUUCGCCAUCGAGAGCCUCAUGGCCGGCGUGGGCGACGAGCCCGCCCGGCAGCAGCGGGACCGGUGCCACGUGCUCCCCUCAGACUGGACGGGGUCGCCCGCCGUGCCACCCGCAGCAGGAGACUUUCUCCUCCCGGCUUUGGUGCCGUGCGAUUACGGCGGGCACGCGCUUGCCGCCAUCCCGGUGCCUGUCAAAGCCACGCACGCUCUGCUCGCCCCUGGCCUGCGCCCCCCCGAGUCGCCCUUCCUCGGCCGUGCGGCCCCCUUUCCUGAGGGUGCCCUCUAA